CGGUCGAUGCUAUGUUUGGCGAGCGCAAUUUUCCAGAGUUAUAAACUCGGUCAAUUUACCGUAUCGAUCAGAAGUCGCGUGUGAAUAAGGACAUCGCAAGCUCGUUCUAUCGAUUAUUUCAAGCCUGUCCAGUGUUCAGCCGGUGAUAAGACCGAACGGACAAAUGGGAGACAAAACAGUCGUCGCCGGGUACGUGGUCGCGUUUGAAAGGUUUCCCGUCGUUUCGAGACCAGACGAAAAAUCAAAAAGCAAGCGAAUGAGAUAGGGCAUUUCGCGUGUUUGUCGUGUGUCAUCAACCCGGUAAGUAAGGGGAACAGGUGUCUGGCGUGGUAAAUUAAGUGGCGCCGACGGCGUUAUGCAUCCCGAAAAUAACAAGAUUUUUUUUAGAUUGUUCGUGACUCGAUGCCGCUUGAUCGAUUCGCGCGACGUCUCGUUUCUUCGCUACUUUUUAGUCUUAAUAGAGCCAUUUUCGUAGCGUGCUUUCGCACCAUGCGCGAUUAACGAUAUGGCCCGGCUUUAUUACGAAUGUAACGUGGCCCUGAAAAACGGCACCGAAGACAUUGAAACGAUUAAACCGUACGCGUGCACCCCAGAUAAAUAUUGCUUGUAUUGUUGUUGCAAUUCUCAGUGUUGUCUGCUGGUACAAAGACGGCCGCCACGACACUUUUGGGAAGCCUGGUACUUUUGGCUAGGCGUUGCGUUACUCGUUGUUUUCAUCAUAUCUUCGGUGAGCAGCUAUAUAGUCAGUAAUUGCAGACAUACUAUUCAAGGUGUACCAUUAAGACACAGCACACACGACAAUCGACGAAACGAUCAUGGUAGUCCGCCAGGAAGCAACCAGAACGAGAUAUCGAUAAGUAUAAUCCCGACAUCGGAGUUUUUCCCGUCGCACAGAAAAAUGUUUGUGGUCGCCUCGCAGCCGACAGUCAGUCACCUUACCCCUGUUGUUGCGUGAAGUUUUAACAAAACGAUUAUGAGGACGAAGGGGGAAGGGACUGGAAGAUCAUCGUCUGGCAUUUUGCACGGUAAUGUUGCUCGAAAGACAUCGUGUCGUUUCAAGAGCUACUUUGAUCGACCAGAACAACCUAAUCGCGUCAUUACCUUCCGGACAUUUAAGAUAAACUUUUUACGUUAGCUUUCUUAGACAUAAUUGGCAGCAGGUCGAUUAGUGGCAGCAUUUUAAAGAAAUGAGAAGCGGAUUACCUCCUUCAUAGUUCUUGUGAACGAUCCUUCAAAAAUUUAAGAAAUACGAAAGUUGUUUUGGAAAUUUAAUAACUCAAUUUGAGAAAUGCGAAGAUUU